AAACGUUUCAACGGGGUCACACUUAUUUUCUGUACGCGAAUUCAAAACUGUUUUCACAUUAGAAAAUUAUUAAGUCGAUACAAAGUGGUGAUUUGAGUAUUCGUUGGAAAUUUAUCAAAAUUUCCUCCUAAAAUGAGGCGAAGAUUCGGUGAUACAAAGAAGCUUCCUGUUUCAGGAACGGUCGCCAUAAUGCUGCUCAUUGUUCCAGUUGUAGCUUCAGAACCAUACUGCUCAAGUAAAAUAAAUGAAGAUUUGUGUGUAACUGAAGUACUGUGUAAUGAAUAUUUCGAUUUUAGAUAUUAUAACUCGUACAGCUACGUUACUUCGUCUUGCAGGCCUUUUAUGAUUCCCUUAGUAAAUUAUGGCGGUGAAAUCCUACCAAUAAGUUUAGUUUACAAACAAAAUCGCGAAGAUGGAAACGAAAUUCCACUAAGUGCAAAUUCCGCUAUUUACUCGUAUAUUGCGUCUAUAACAAUACUAAACAUAAGCAGAAAUUAUUAUUCAGUAUUUCCAGAAUUAAAACACAUGAAUAAACUAAAUAUAUUGAAUAUUUCAUACAAUUCUAUUACAAUUGCUAAAUUGAGCUCAAAGUACACUUUCCCAAAUUUAGAAGCACUUGAUCUUUCACAUAAUUUAAUCGAAGAAUUUGAAAUCAGUGUAAUGGAAUCACCAUUCAGUAGCUUACUGAAAUUAAACGUUUCUUAUAAUAAACUCAAUGAGAUACAAGAAGCGGUUUUUGAUCGAUUUGCCAAUUUACAAAUUUUGGAUAUUUCAAAUAAUGAAAUAGCAAGCAUUCACCCAUUUACCUUUGAAGGUACUAAAAAUUUGGUUUAUUUAAACAUAGCUCAUAAUAAAAUUAAUGACAUUAAUGGAUCUCUUUUUAGAUUCACUAAACUCAAAAGCUUGGAUUUAAACAACAAUAGAAUACAAAACAUUCUGUUAAAAGACUUCGAGAAGUUGGUUCAAUUAAAAGAAUUAGAUUUAAGUUAUAAUGCAGUAAUAGCAAUUGAGAAAAACACAUUUGAUAGCAUGCCCCUUUUAUCUACUGUUUAUUUAAAUAACAAUGUUAUGAAUUCAUUAGAGAAGGAAAUGUUUGACAAAACGACUGAAUUAAAAACUAUCGACUUAUCGUAUAACGAAAUAAGAAAUCUUCCUAAAUUCAUGUUUGAUGGCAAAAGUAUAGAAUACUUUAAUAUAAGGCGAAAUAAUUUAGAAGGUCUUCUAACCAAUGGCACAUUUAAGGGCUUAAUGUUUAUUUUACAAUUAGACUUAAGCUAUCAAAGUAUAAACGGCAUUGGAGAUUACGCAUUUACUGGACUGGAUCAAUUAGAAGAACUUUUCUUAAACAAUAAUGAAAUAUAUUCUGUAUCGCAAAAAUCGUUCGAUAAUUUGCCUAAUUUGAAAAAGCUUCAUCUUUCCAACAAUCAAAUUGCAAAUCUUGACUUUGCAUUGAACAAUCUAAAAAAUCUUAAAUUUCUGUCAGUAAGCUACAAUUUCAUUCGUUUUAUUAAAAGCGAAUACUUUAAUGAAUUGGUUGCAGUAGAAUAUCUAGACUUAUCUCAUAAUAAUAUAUCUAAAAUAGAACCUAAAUCAUUUGGAAAUCUAACUCAAUUGGUCGACCUUGAUGUUUCUAACAAUGCAUUGACAGAUGUUUUAGAAAGUGAUACAUUCUAUGGUUUAGUGUUGGUACCGAUUUUAGAUAUUUCUUCUUCAUUUUUAACAGCUAUUAAGAACAGCUCUUUUAACCAUAUGGUAAAUCUUCAGAAACUUAAUAUAUCACACAGUGCUAUUAGUGAGAUAAAUUUUAAUGCUUUUAUUCAUACAGGUAAUAUAAAUAUACUUGAUUUAUCACAUAAUGCUGUGAAAUAUUUAUACAUAAAUUCAACAACACUUGUUAAUCUAAGCGCUUUAUAUUUAAAUGACAAUCUGAUAUCUGAUAUAGCAUCAAAUGUAUGGAUGAGCAUGACUAAAUUAAGUAUAAUUGAUCUAUCAUUUAAUCAUAUAAAACACUUAAAUUGCAUAACAUUUUCAAACUGUACAGAACUUUCAUAUUUAGAUCUAUCAUACAACAAAGACAUUAAUUUUAACAUAUCUGGAAUGGAAAGUCUACAUCGCUUAGGUAAACUUUUCUUAUCCGGCAUUGAAAAAAGUAUCCAAUUUUAUAGGCCUAUCGAUUCAUCUUUGAUAUUAUUAAAUAUGACAAAUUCAAGUGUCAAUAAUGUAACGAAACUCGGAGUUAACCAGUUACGGACGCUCGCUGAAUUAAUUUUAAGCAACAACAAAAUUGAAACUUUGGGAGUUGGAGCAUUUUCUAAUUUAAGCGAAUUAAAAUUGUUAGAUUUAAGUUUCAAUAAAAUGCAAUUUAUCCAACUAGGCUCUUUCAAAGACAAUAUCCACUUACAUGUUCUCAAUAUUUCUCAUAACCAUUUGACAACUCUUGGCUAUGGUGUUUUCCGUGGUUUAAUUUCUUUGGAAACUCUUGAUUUAUCUUAUAAUCAAAUACAGGAUUUACAAGGCGAACGACUUUAUGAUGUACAAGAAUUGAAAGUUUUAAUUAUCGACUUCAAUAAAAUAACCAAAAUUGAUUUUGAUUUCCACGUGAAUUUGUCAUCAUUGAGCAUUGGAGGAAAUCCUAUUUCUUGUGAAAUGUUAGUAAAAUUGAUGAGAUCUGGUUCACCAAUAACAGCCCUAAAAUUAGAUGAACAUUCAAACGAAAAUAUUGAUGGAGUCACCUGUCAUGGUCGGCAUGGCAUCAAAUGGAUGGAAAAUAACAAUAAAUCCAUAGAAAAUAGCAACGUUUUAAACGAUAUAAGGAAUAUAUUACUUAACUUAUCAGAAAAAAAGUCUACCGAAGUAACAUCAAGAGUGAUGAAUUCUGAAAACGAUUUUAGCAAAAAUUUUGAAAAAUUAAUAACCGAUCAAUCUUUAAAAAUGGAAAGAAAUGUAAAGAACGGAGAGGAAAUUAUUCGAAAUAAUAAUAUGACCAAUAUAUUUUUAGAACGAAUAUUGAAGUUGAUGGUUGCAAUGAAUUCCCAAGCGACAUCGAAACAGGUGCCGAUACUAAGAAAGAAUGGUACAUACGAAAACAUAUUACCAUACAUAGAGCAAAUUAAAAAAGAAUUAGAAAGCACUUUCACUAUAGAAAAAGAAAAGAUAAUUUCUGACUUUAGCGAUAAAAUGACAUUGAUAAAUAAAAAGUUAGAGGAGGUCUCCAUGAAAUCUACAGAAAAGCCGGUUAUCCCAGUUUAUAAAUCAGAUUCUUCCUUGUUCUCCAAUAUAUGCGUUGGUCUGAUAUUAUUGAUUCUAUUAUGUUUCAUAUUGUUUAAAAUAUAUAAAUCAAAAGUCACAUUGACUAGACAUAGGACAUUUAGUACUCAGCGAAUAGCUAGCGCCAUGGAUAGUUCAAAUUUAUAAUUUCGAAUAUCACAUAUAUAUUUUUUUGUAAAUUCUCUUAAUAUAAGUAGUUAUAUUCUUAUGUUAAAAACCUUAAAUGUUAUAAUAAUGUGAUAAAAUAUAUC